AUGAAGAACUGCAACGAAUGUGGCUAUCCUCUUCCCGCCAUCCGCGACAGCUCCACCAUCUGCGCAAACUGCAAAACUCCAGUCGCGACAUGGUGGGAUGAGACAUCCCAAACCUUCCGCACCAACAGGGAAAUCCUCCUUCCGUACUCCCCGACCUCCUCAAACGCCUGGCAUAGUGGCGACCACAACAUGGGCGAUUUGUCGGGGCGGAGGAAUACCCAGACAAUCGAGGAGAGGACCUUCUCGGCGGCGUUGAUUAUGUUAGAGGCGCAUUUCGAGAAGGUCAGAGGUGUCGGGUACAAGACCAUGGCGGAGGUCAAGAAGAUGAUUGCGCAGACACUGGACAGGAGUUUGAAUAAGGCAGAUGUCAGAGAGCAUCUCGCGAAAAACGUCGACAUCUGGAUGCGGCUCGAAAAAAUCUUUGCUAUUGCGGUCCCACACCUGAACGCACGCUCUCUUCGCGAAUCAUACACUGAGGCUGGCGUCUCAUCGGGCCUGGAUGUUCCCGAGUCUGCCGCCUUGAUCCUGAAGAAUUAUGAUGUUCUGCGAGAAGAUUUGCAUUAUCUGAAUAAUCUGCUGGUGAUCAGUCGAAACAUGUUAGCAAUCAAGGAGACGGCGCAGGAGCUAUGUGCGGCGGUUAGCUUUGAUAAAGCGGUGCAUCAGCUAAUUAUUCUCUGCGUCAACGUUACCAGCAAGGGCUAUGAUGGCGAGAAUGUUACGAUUGAUGAUAGGGCAAGGUUGUUAGAGAUUACAGAGCUAUACAAAAAGCUCCUGGUAACCUGUUUGCAACACACACACAAUUGGACGAUGGGCAAUGAUAGAUUUAAGAUGAUGUUUUGGUUUACGAUGCUAUUCGACAACGAUCUUCGAAACGAUUCGAUCCACGAACUUCCUCCGGAUGAUUUGGACGUUGGGAAAGUGCACGACGAGGUAGAAAAUUGGCUGUUCCGCCACAGCGGCAUUGACAGCUUAGCUGCGGAUUUGCUGGACAACUACGACGCGGAUGUUCCCACGGGACACACCGCUGGUCCGUUACCAGAAACCCCGGCCAUGAACGAUAGAGGGCCAGUGGAAGAAUCGACGACGCCAGUGUGGAGAGCGGAUUUGACGGACAAGUACGAACAGGAUCGAUUAUAUGCUCGAGUAUCACAUGAAAUUGAUGUAUGGUGGAAAAAGGUACGAGACGCGAAUUACGAUGGUUGGGUUGUACAUAUGGAGAGUGUGGAAGGCGCGAUAGAAAGAGCGGAAGCUUGUAAAGAGAAUGCAAUGCACCGCUAUAUUCCGCGGGGUCAGGAGCACGAUCACCAAUACGAACAUGACGAGAACUACGAACAUGGCCCAGAUGAUGGAGACAGCGUUGCGGCCGAGAUCGACGACAGAUCAAUUCAAGAAGACAACGGAGAAGACGACGAGGGUGAAGAGGAGGAAGACGAGGAUGAUGAUGAUUCUUACGUUGAAGGGCCACUCCGGGGACUCCUCACAGAAAUUCCAAACAUUCUCGACACCAAGCAAAUAGAAGCAUUGCACAUGACAGUGAAAGCCUGCAUAGUCGAUUCUAUGGGCUCUGGUCUUACUCCGGCGGGUGAAAACCUUCAAAAAACGAGAUGUAAAAUGUUCUUGGCUUUAGACUGCGGCAAAAAUUUGCUUCGGGAAAUGCUGGUUUUUAUUGCAGUCUGGGAGCAAAACGACCAACAAUUUAUUUUUCAAAUCACAGCUCAAAUCAUCGAAUCGUUCCAUCAUAAUGCGUUGCUUCCGUAUGCGUGGAAUUCGCUUCGGAUCCUGAAGGACAUUGUUUCACCAGCACAAACGGUUUUACUUCGCCUUAUCAAUUAUAUGUUUAGGGCGCGCAAGGACAGCCCGAUAUACGAUGAUGUAAAGGAUUACAACAGAGACGCCAAGCUGAUCCAUUUCUUGUACAACUACUUUCGAUGUCGAGUGGUUCCGGAUUGCAUAGCACUCAUCUGGGCACAGGCGGAAAUUCGGAAAGGAACAAGUCAUCCGAGCGACUUUCCAGUCGAUUUAUGGGAUAUGGAACGAGCGAAGGAUGGUCUUUCGCAGUACCUUGAUUUCAUAUCUGUCAUUGCAGAAAUUCACGAGAUGCGACAUCUCCUCAUUGAGUGGGAAUGUGUUUAUGAGCUGGUCUCUUUGUUAAAAGCAUUAGAAGCUGGUGUGGCGCGGAAACCACUUGAUGAACGAUCAGUACCAGGACCCAGUCGACGCCCUGGAGGAUCCAACUCACCUGGAUCAACGCCAAAUGUCGAAAGACCAUACGAUGACCAAGGAAAUAGUGCGUCGCCACACCCUCACCCAAAUAAUCUUCCACCAAUGCAUGAUACCCCACACAAAUUUCCUUGGUCAGGUGUCAAAAUCCAAAUUCUGAUCAUCCUCACUUCACUAAUCGCACCCACGAAUUCUCGCCGCAACGGUCCUGGUAACCCCAUUGUGCAGAAACAACUCCUCGACCGCGGUGGUAUCAUGCCUCUCCUUAAUUGUUGUGUCUAUGAUGGCCACAACGAAUACCUUAAAGAACGAGCUACUCUAGCGAUUAAAUUCGUCAUGGAGGGUUCGGAGGAAGCGCAAAAGUUUGUCCGCGAUCUUGUCCCUGUGAAACAGGCACAAGCCCAGGCUCAAGCGCGGGCCCAGGCAGAGAACAGACAGAAAACAUCGCCUUCGACAACUACCAAGGGUGUGCACCUCGCAGCCGAGGCGUUGGCGGCGGAUUUGGCGAGGACUGCGGCUAGUACCGCUGCGAGCUUCAAGUCGGGGCAAGAUGAGUCGUUAUCAAAGGCGCUCGGAGACGUCAAUAUUACGGAAGAGAAGAAAGUGGACAAGGCCGUGCAAGGAAAGGCGGCGGUUAGUGGUGGGAAAGGAAAGGGGAAAGGGAGAAAAUGA